AUGGAUAGGAAAAAGAGGUGUGUUUCGGGAAAUUUUAUAAUCCGAGCAGAAAGAGAAAAAAGGUUGUUCUUGAGUCGACGUAUAGUGACGGAAUCUGGUGAAUUUGAUGGAGGUGUCAUGGUUGAUGAGGAUGGCAUAAUUGAAGGAAUUCUUACCAAAGAAUCAAUAGGACAAUUUUAUUCCAACAGUAAUAAUAAAUACAAAGUAAUAGAUGGCGGUGAAUGGGCAUUGAUGGCUGGUGUAGUGGACUCGCACGUUCACGUCAAUGCACCUGGUCGGACCUCGUGGGAGGGUUACGUGACAGCCACGCAGGCGGCAGCUGCUGGUGGCAUCACCACUAUCGUCGAUAUGCCAUUAAACUCUAUUCCGCCCACAACGACACUUGAGAAUUUGAAAGUCAAAGCAAAUAUAGCAAAAGAGGAGGUUUACGUAGAUGUUGGCUUUUGGGGUGGUGUGGUACCUGGGAAUGAGUUCGAAUUACUUCCGAUGAUUGAUGCUGGAGUAGUCGGAUUCAAAUGCUUUCUGAUAAACAGUGGGGUAUCGGAGUUCCCAGACGUUACCCCAGAAGAUUUACAAAACACUUUUGCUAUUCUCAAUGGUACUGGAACAGUAUUAGCGAUACACGCCGAAAUGAAUAUUGAAAAUUCAAGUUCUGAGUGCAAUAAAGAUAACUGUCCAGAUCCGAGAUUAUACAGUACUUAUCUCGCAACACGUCCCGACGAAAUGGAAAUCGAAGCAGUAUCGCUAAUAGCCACUUAUGUACCAAAAACAGAUGUUCACAUACACGUAGUCCACGUGUCGUCUGAGAGUGUAGUGCCGAUUCUAGAAGCUGCAAGAGAAGAACGUAUCGCAGCGGGUCACAAGGGUUGGAGGGGAGGAGUUACAGCUGAGACCUGCCAUCACUAUCUCACACUCAGCGCUGAACAGAUCCCUGAUGGCCACACUGAAUACAAAUGUUCCCCGCCUAUAAGAAACAAUAGUAACAAGGAAAUAUUAUGGGAAUAUAUUAAGGACAAUCGGUUCGAUUUGAUUACUUCAGAUCAUUCCCCAAGUGUUGAAGAUUUGAAAGGAACAAACUUUUUAACGUCAUGGGGUGGAAUAUCGUCGAUACAAUUCGGUCUCUCAUUGUUUUGGACGGAAGCGAGGGCACGUGGCUUCGAUCUCAGCACUGUAAGUCAUUACCUAUCUGCGGGUCCAGCUCGUCUUUGUGGCUUGGAGGAGAAGAAAGGUGCACUAAGACCAGGUCUUGAUGCUGAUCUCAUUUUCUUUAAUCCUAAUGCUGCCUUUAUGGUUAAACCACAAGAAAUCAGAUACAAAAAUAAAAUAUCCCCAUUCAUGAACAGAGUCUUAACAGGUAGAAUCAUGCAGACAUAUUUGAGAGGGCAGCUUGUUUAUGCGGAUGGUGAAAUAAUUGGUGAACCAAAGGGCGAAUUAUUACUUAAUUAUGAUUAUUAG